AUGAGUCACAAAGUGUGCAUCAACGAAGGUGAGACGAGGAGCAGUUGAGGAUUAUCUGCGAUUUGAUUUCUUUCUGAACAGAGGUAAAUUCGCAAGUUGAGGCCAGUUGGCACAGACGACUAGUAAAUUGAUCGAGCGUCGCAGUUGGUUGUUGACGAGCUUGACGAAAGAGGUAUAUUUCAUAAUCAACGUUGCGUUACAGCAUAAAAUGUUCGGUUAGUCGGUCCAUAGCUUUCUUGUAGUCUUUCUCGUCACAGGUAUCCAUUAAGGUCUCGAAUAUAUCAAAUGCUGACGAGCCAAUAUAGUGCAAAAGAAGUGCGCGUUUGCGUGUCUCAUCGUCGAUAUCCAUGGCAAGAAGAAAAUUUUCGAAACGUUUUUCCAUUUAGUCCAGCGUUGACCGGUCACGGUGGGGUCGUCUUCAACAUUGAACGGAGGAAAUGGUGGUAAAGAUGAGGCCAUAGCGCAUGUGGAGAUAUUUUGAUUCUCGUCGCCAAUGUAGUAUUCUUAUAGUAGGAUAAUACGAGACACGCUCUUUGAGUGGUUAUAACAAUACUAAUUUAAUAUACAUGGAAUACUGGUUAUAUACAAAUGACGUCACAAGUAAUGACGUCAGGUUAUUACACUGUUCUAGAACAAAAUUAUGUUAUUUGUGGUGUUACUCUGAGUGUAUAUCCACACCGGGCGAGCUUGAAAAAUAUGCCCGGCCACAGUGGGAUUCGAAGUUGGAAGAGCAUUGGGCUAGUAUUCCAAAGGUCGUAGGUUCGAAUCCCACCGUGGCCGGGCAUAUUUUUCAAGCUCGCCCGGUGUGGAUGUACACUCAGAGUAACACCACAAAUAUCAUAUUCACCUGAGUACACUACACCAACACAGGGAAAAAAAAAUUAAAAAUUAUGUUAUUUUUUUCUGGAAAAUAAAAUAAGCCCACUUAUCUAGAGGCUUGUCAAGAUUUCCCCUUGAUGAGUAAAAAUCGUUAAAGGACUGAGAGCAGCCAGAUUGCAGAAUUUGCUGUGAGACAUGAUUCUGGUCCAUCCUUGCAUUGAUUGAAACAGAAACAUCGAGUUUUCUUACCACCAAUUGCUGCUCAUGAUUGGCUACAUUUUCAGCAGCUUGUUCUUCCUCAACAAGUUGCCCCCUUCCAUGUCCUCCGCGCCUUCCUCUUCCACCUCUCUGUUGCCCUCUCCCCUUGGCACGACCUCUAGCUCUGCCACGACCUUGCCUACCUACAUCCUCUUACUCACUCUUUCCUCCAUGGAUGAUUCUGAAUCCCAAACAAAAAAGAGUAUUAAACAAAGGUAGCAAUAUGUCGGCAAUUUUUCAAUUGCAAACACAAAAAGUUGCUAAUUACCACAUUAAAGGGUCACUUUAAUAAUUGAUCAUUCUCAUUGAUUAGGGUGUGAACAAUCAGAUGAACAUAAUAUACUCUCAAAUAACAUACAUUGCUUAUUAAAUCCACAAACCAUCUUCCUGGGUGGUCUUUCGGAAUAUUUCAUUGCUUGUCUCUCAGAAGUAUUUUUUGAAUAGAAAUAGAAUUGAAAACUGUGUUCCCAAAUGUUAUUUUCUAGUUUGCUUUUAUAAUAGGAACCUUCAGUGCAUAGGGAGAUACUUUAUGUUAUAUAGGUUAUCGUCACAAAAACAAAAAAUGUAAACAAAUGCUUUGCCAAGAUAUCGCAACAAUUUGUCUGUGAUUAUUGUCAAAGGUAAAGAUAACUCAUUUAGAGAUGUUGCUGUGAGAAGACAGAACGUACAUAAUACAUUAUUAUGGCUUUUGCAAAAUAAUCCUCAUUGUGCUGAAUUAGAAAUUAAUGAAAAUGCAUUAAACUCUUUACCUGAAAAUGGCAUUCCAGCAGAUCUCAUGACUGUUGAGACUGAGAAUGAAAUAAUCUCAAAUGAUGAUAUGUCAGAUUUAGGCCCACCCACUGAAAACCCUCCUGAAGAUAUAGUUUAUAACAACUCAACAGACAAGAAUAGUUUCUUGCCUGUUGGUGAACAGCAGGAACAAGAAAUAGAAGCAGUUAGAAAUCAGCUUUCUAUAAAUGAACCAAUGCCAUGGCCUGCUAUUGAAUGUGAACUGUUGAAUGAAUAUCAGAUAUCACAUCUGGCCACUAUGGCUUUUCCAACAUUUCCUGAUGGGAAAGAUGAUCCAACUAAUCAAAGUAUCUUGAGGAAUGUUCCUCUUCUCAAGAAAGAAUUAAACAUCUUUUGA